AACAUUGACAGAGUAAUGUCAAAAUUGAUAAGAUUGUAGGUCUAUUUGUCAUCAUUUGUGUUUAUUAGAAAAAUAAAAUUCGACAUUAAUUUAUUAAACCUUAGCCUUGCCUUAACAAUAUUACGAUUUAAGUGAAGUGAUCGUUUAUAAUAGAGAUAUUAAAAUGCAGGACACAAGACCAGAAUUAUAUGAAGAAGUAAAGCUUUACAGAAAUGCCAGGGAACGUGAAAAGCAUGACAACAUGGCAGAGUUGUACGCAGUGGUCAGUACCCUCCAGCACCUAGAGAAGGCGUACAUGAGGGACUGUGUGCGCGCGCAGGAGUAUACGGCAGCGUGCAGCCGCUUGCUGGUCCAGUACAGGGUCGCCUUCAAACAAGUGCAGGCUGACGAGUUCCCCAAUAUCGAAGCUUUUGUUGCUAAGUACAGAUUGGACUGCCCGGCGGCUCUGGAGAGGAUAAGGGAGAACAAGCCCAACCUCAUCAAGGAUGACAAGGGCAACACUAACAAAUACAUCGCUGAGAUUGUUUCGCUGUUCAUAACCCUGAUGGACAAGCUGCGGCUGGAGUUCCGCGCGAUGGACAUGAUCCAGCCGGAGCUGCGCGACCUGCGCGACACCAUGGACCGGCUCAUCAUGCUGCCCGAGGACUUCGAGGGGAAGAUCAAGGUACAAGAGUGGGUGGACAAGCUGUCAGAAAUGUCAGCAUCGGACGAGCUGUCGGAGAGCCAGGUGCGGCAGCUGCUGUUCGACCUGGAGACUUCGUACGGAGCCUUCAACAAGUUCCUGCACAAGGACUGAGGGGGGUCACCGAUGUGACCAGCUCAAACAUGUUGUGUAAUCACCAGUAGCUUGUUUAUGUGAAUAUUAUCAAAUUGUUAAGUAUUUACUCUAAAUUAAAAUUACUGUUGUCUCAAACGUAAUGUUACAUUAUUUGCUCUGCAUAUCAAGCUCAUAGCUUCGUUUAAAUUAAUGAAAAAUUUAAUAAAUUGUAUUAUUUAACGUGAUAUACGAAUAUAGCCCUUAAUGUCAAUGAUUAAGGUUCUUAUUUGCACUAUUAAAACCUUCACAAGUUCUGUUAAAGUCGAUCUGGUUUUUUAAAUUGUUUUAAUAUUUGUUAUUGUAUUGUAUAUCAUAAAGAAUCACAUUUCGUUAACACAACCAUUGAAAAUGUUCAUUAAAAAUAUUAAUUCGAAAUAUGUGUAAAUUUAAAAAAUAAUAUUGUUUAUUUUAUAAUAAAUACUGUAUGUGUAAAUUAAAUACAGUGCAGUGUAUCAUUCCAUAACAUUAGCUCAGUUUGAGCCCUUUUCGAACUAGUCACAACAAAAAUAGACGUUUUUAUGUACACUUCUGCUUACUCCUUCAGGAUAAGAAGGCUUUAAAAUAUAGCCAUUAUGUUUAAUAUGUAUUGAGCGACGUUUUAACUAAAUAUUUCAAACUCAUACGAUUUAUUGUAGACAUUGUAAUGUCAAUGUACUGUUAAGUGAAUUUACUACGAAUAAAUUUUAUAUUCCACACACAA